AUGCCUUGGACCAGAAAUACCUGCUAUCCCACCGGAGCCACCGCCGGCCUGCACCGUCGCCGUCCCCACCACUGCCUCGCGACACGUACCCACAAUGAGCUCGACGUGAUGUGCUCUCAAUUACGUCGCAUGCAUCGGUUUCCACUGGAAUGGGAGGCAGCGGUGGGACCGGCGAUAGUGCAGGCUGGCGGGGGCUCCGGUGGCGUAGCAGAUAUUUCUGACCCUCUCCUGUUAUUGGAUCCCGCCGCCGUCAAAAGAACUGGAACAAUAUGGACAGCAGUGGCUCAUAUCAUAACCGGGGUGAUUGGGUCCGGGGUGCUUGCUCUGGGCUGGAGCAUGGCUCAGCUGGGCUGGGCCGCCGGCCCCUUCUCGAUGCUGUUCUUCGCCGCCAUCACUUUUGUGUCUACUUUCCUCAUCUGUGAUUGCUACUGGGCUCAACACCCCCACCAUGGCCCUAUCAGGAAUACAUCGUUCACUCAAGCUGUUCACUCCUUUCUUGGUGAAAGGAGUGCUUGGUUUUGUGCACUGCUUAUUCAGAUAAGCUUCUAUGGGACUGGAAUUGCCUAUGUAAUUACCUCUGCCAAAUGCCUGAGAGCAAUAGAGAGAUCAAAUUGUUACCACAAGCACGGACAUGACGCGCCUUGUGAGUUCGGACUCACGUUUUACAUGCUUCUUUUUGGGGUGGUUCAGAUAUUUAUGUCUCAAAUACCCGAUUUCCAUAGCAUGGAUUGGCUUUCGGUGCUUUCUGCUGCCAUGUCUUUCGCGUAUUCUUUCAUUUGUUUAGGUUUGGGAGCUGCAAAAGUCAUUGGAAAUGGAGUGAUUGAGGGUAGCAUCAGUGGAAUAUCAGCACCCACUAAGAUUCAAAAGGCAUUGCUAGUUGCUCAAGCACUUGGAGAUAUUUUAUUUGCCUAUCCUUACUCCAUGAUUGUUCUUCACAUACAGGACACUUUAAGGUCACCUCCACCGGAAGGCGUAACCAUGAAAAGGGCAGCGGUAAUCUCGAUGUGCAUCACGACUUUCUUUUAUCUCAGCUGUGGAGGCUUUGGAUAUGCGGCGUUCGGGGAUCAAACACCGGGCAAUCUGUUGACUGAUUUUGGAUUUUACGAGCCUUACUGGCUCGUCGACUUUGCGAAUGCUUGUGUCGUUGUACACUUGGUUGGUGGAUAUCAGAUAUAUACUCAACCAGUAUUUGCAGCUAUGGAUAAAUGGUCGGCCGAUCGAUUUCCAGGCAGCACGUUUGUCAACAAACAGUACAUUCUCAAACUUCCCCUUUUGCCGGAAUGGAAUUUGAAUCUCCAAAGGCUGUGCUUUAGGACAGCCUAUGUUUCCUCAACCACUGCAAUUGCCAUGGUACUUCCCUAUUUCAAUCAGGUCCUUGGAGUUAGUGGGGCCAUCACAUUUUGGCCCCUGGCUAUAUAUUUCCCGGUCGAGAUGUGGUUGGAGCAGAACAAAACCGGACCUUGGACAGGAAAAUGGAUUGUUCUUAGGAUCUUCCAAACUGUUUGUUUCUGUAUAACGAUGUUUGCCCUGCUCGGGUCCAUCCAAGGACUUAUAGCUGCCCGUUUCAGCUAA